CCCUGUUUUGUUUCCAUGGCGACAGGCGGCGCGGGGCCGGCUCCAAGCAUAACGCGCAGUGGAAAACAUGCGCCUCGGGGGAUCCCCCCCGCAGCCCCGGCUCAGGGCCGAGGCCUGAGGGGCCCUAGAGCCGUCCAGGUCACGUGGAGAUCUGCGAGAUUCCCCCCCCCAGGGCCGGCCCAGGCGCUCGAGACCCCUUUCUCCCGGGCCUGCCACUCCUUCGGGGGCUCGGGGAUCCCCUCCGCCGAGGCUUCCCGACUCUCCGAGGGGCGCCAGACCUAUGCCAGAUUUACUGGUGCCCCACUCAAGGUGCACAAGAUCACCAACCCCUGGCGGAGCCCUUCAGGAACUCUGCCUGCCCUUCGGACCAGUCACGGAGAGGUCAUCUCAGCACCACACAAGAUCAUCACCCACCUUCGAAAAGAGAAGUACAACGCUGAUUAUGAUCUGUCUGCCCGGCAAGGGGCAGACACCUUAGCCUUCAUGUCUCUGCUGGAGGAGAAGCUGCUCCCCGUGCUGAUCCAUACUUUUUGGAUAGACGCCAAGAACUAUGUGGAGGUGACUCGGAAGUGGUAUGCGGAGGCUAUGCCCUUUCCCCUCAACUUCUUCCUGCCUGGCCGCAUGCAGCGGCAGCACAUAGAGCGGCUCCAGCUGCUGUGUGGGGAGCAUAGGCCUGAGAACGAGGAAGAACUGGAGAAGGAGCUGUACCAAGAGGCUCGGGAAUGCCUGACCCUCCUCUCUCAGCGCCUGGGCUCUCAGAAAUUCUUCUUUGGAGAUGCCCCUGCCUCCCUGGACGCCUUUGUCUUUAGCUACCUGGCCCUGCUGCUGCAGGUAAAGCUGCCCAGUGGGAAACUGCAGGCCCACCUUCGGGGCCUGCAUAACCUCUGUGCCUACUGCACCCACAUCCUCAGCCUCUACUUCCCCUGGGAUGGAGCUGAGGUGCCACCUCCGCGCCAGACACCAGUGGGCCCAGAGACGGAGGAGGAGCCGUACCGGCGCCGGACCCAGAUCCUGUCCGUGUUGGCGGGGCUGGCAGCCAUGGUGGGCUAUGCCUUGCUCAGUGGCAUUGUCUCUAUCCAGCGGGCAACACCUGCCCGGACCCCGGGCACUGGGGCCCUGGGCAUGGCUGAGGAAGAUGAGGAGGAGUGAUUUGUUCUCAUGCUCCCAGGACUGAUUUUUCUACUCUCAUGCAUUCCAGAGGUCCCUGUGUCUCCCCGUUGUCGGUACAGCCAGAAAUGGGGUGUCCCCUGAAAAUAAACCUGCUCACACUUA